GUUUUCCAAGAAUUGACGGCCAGAGGAUCAGGAAGAAGCUCAGGAAGACGAGGUGCAGCUUCAGGCUUUGACUCUUUGUACCCCGCCGCGGGGUAGGACACGUGGCUGUCUGCGUAAGGCUGAAUGCGGUGAGACCGCACAAUGGAUAUUGUAGGUGACAAAGAACACCUCCGAACCGAACCAUCUUCUUUGAUCAGCUUUCCCACCAAAGCAAAAUGGAGUCUCCUGGGCGGCAGUAUCGACCGCGUGGCUAUCAGCUGGAGAUGCUGGAGCAGAGCCUUGCCCAGAAUAUCAUUGCAGUGAUGGAUACAGGGAGCGGCAAGACUCAAAUAGCAAUCCUUCGAAUUCAGGAAGAGCUCGAGCGCUGUUCUCAGGACAAGCUUGUUUGGUUUCUCGCGCCUACAGUGGCCUUGUGCACUCAACAGCACGAGGUCAUGCUAUCCCAAUUGCCAGCUGCGAGGACGAAACUGCUGCUCGGUGCCGACAAUGUCGACCGCUGGAGCGAACAGAGAAUUUGGGACGCGGCAUUGAGUGGUGUGCAGAUUGUGGUCUCAACGCAUGCCGUCCUCCUCGACGCCCUUGCGCAUGGCUUUGUCCAGAUGACGAGGCUGGCUCUGUUGGUGUUCGACGAAGCCCAUCACUGCCGCAAAAAACACCCGGCGAACAGGAUCAUGGAGGAUUUCUACCAUCCGAAAAAGCUGCGCUUUGGUCCAGACUCGGUGCCUCACAUUCUGGGUCUGACCGCCAGUCCAAUAGUGAAAUCGAAGCGCAAGGAAUUAGACGCCCUAGAAAAGAACCUGGAUGCGACUUGUCGCUCCCCUCGCGUGCAAAGAGACGAGAUGUUGCAAUUUGUCCACAGGCCUGUCCUGAAAACAAUAAAAUACGAGUCCACCACUCUAACCGCAAGUCCACUCCAAAGUACGGCGCUGUUGCUUCUGGGCAGAAUAGGUCGAAAGCUCGUUACCCACUGGGACGACUUCACAGCUCCCGAUCCGCUAAACCUUGGAACACGUCUUCCAGCCGGCGGUCACGAGGAGCAAUUGGUCAGAUUCAAGAGAAGAGCCGACCAUAUCUAUGAAGAACUCGGACCGUGGGCUGCCGAUUACUUCAUUAUACAAUCUAUCAAGGCACUGAGCGAAAGCUUCCACGCCCAGCAUGAAUACCUCCUUGGGUUCGCCCCCGCCGAGAAGACCAAGCUAAUCGAGAUACUUGGUCCGAUGUCAUCGUUCAUGUUAAGUAGGACUGCCAACGCCGAGGACAACAUGCUCAUCUCUCCAAAGGCUGAGAGCCUGAUACAAUUUCUUGCUGAACAAGAUGCCGAAAGAUGUUCUGGGCUCGUGUUUGUCAAACAGCGUGCUACCGUCAGUGUAUUAAACGCUCUGCUCUCACGGCACGCGCAGACGAAGAACAUAUUUCGAUGCACGACAUUCGUGGGACUGUCGAACAGCGGUAAGAAGCGAUACUCCAUGGCUGAACUGCUGGACUUGAAAGCACAGCGUGAGGCAUUGACCGAACUGAGGGCUAAAGUUAAGAACCUUAUCAUCGCAACGGAUGUCCUGGAAGAAGGCAUCGAUGUCACCGCCUGCAACCUGGUGGUCUGUUUCGAUGUCCCCGCAAACCUCAAAUCAUUCUUGCAGCGAAGGGGGAGGGCUAGGCAGGAGCAAUCUACCUUCGCCAUUCUGGUGGACAGCAAGGUUGAGGGCAAAGAUAAAGUCCCGCUCUGGCAGCAGCUCGAAGCCGACAUGAUUCGACUCUAUCAAGAUGAGAGCAGAUUGGCCCAGACCUGCUUAGUGGAAGACCAGGAGCCUGAGGAGAAGGUCCCGUUUGUGAUCGCCGUUCCCUCCACAGGGGCAAGACUGACUAUUGACAUGGUAAUGGGACGUCUUUAUCACUUCUGCUCCAAGCUACCUCCGCAGCCUUACGUCGAUCACCAGCCUACCUUUAGCAUCACUCAAGACCCGCGGACGGGCCUAUUCACGGCGACUGUGACCCUUCCUAGUUGUAUUAAUGCUUCCGUGCGGCAAGCACACGGAUGCACAGCAUGGCAAACUAAGCAGGCGGCGAGGAAAGAUGCCGCCUUUCAAGCUUACCAGGCACUGUUUGACGCGGGUUUGUUGAACGAUAACCUUCUUCCUCUCACAGAUGAAAGUACAUUGGCGGCUGAUCAAGUCAAUCAUCUCCCGCCAGUAGUGGAAGUCAACGCACAGUUUGACCCCUGGUUUGAACAGGCUCAGGCUUGGACGGCCCCCGACCUGCACAGAACUGAUGUCAUUUUCCAGGCGCAGAGCACAGACGGCGGCAGCACCGUAACUGUGUUCGAAUAUUCUCUGACGACGCCGUCAAAAAUACCGUUGAUACAACCCAUCAAGAUGUUCUGCGACGAGAGCGUCAAUGUCAUAAUCAGACUGGGGAAACCGAGGAAAAUAGGCUCUCUGACACCCGACGCUGUGGAUGACAUGAGGCAAGCGACAGACCUCCUACGGCGAGCAGUUCACUCUGAUCGCCUCCCAGACCGUGGAAAUGACUUCGUUGCACUGUUCACGCCCAAUGUCGAAGACGGAGGUGUAGCGAAAUGGCUGGCAUUGAACCAGGCGCGAAGGUUGGCCUUGGAUCAUUUCAGCACAGACCUACCCUGCCGGGGCUUUGUACGAACUCCUUCAUUGUCCGGUCAGCCGUUCAUCUUCCGCGCCUGGCAUGUGCAGGUGAUUUCUCCACAAGAAUCCAUUGUCGAGGUCGAGUGCACGGCGCUGUUGAGACGACGGCACUUUCUCCGUCCGGCCACGCUGUCCACGGGCUUUCCUUCGGAUGCUGAGGGUCGAACCCAACGAUUCCCGGCAAAAGAUGCGACCGUUGACGCCCUGGACAUUAAUUCGGCUUUAUUCGGCCUCUUCAUUCCCGCCGUGCUCCAGUUUUUGGAGGUAUAUCUAGUUGCACAGGAACUGUGCACGACCGUUCUCCGUUCAGUCUCCGUUACUAACAUCGGACUGGUCGUCACGGCGCUCAGCUGUCCUUCGGCGGAGUGGGUCACCAACUAUCAGCGGCUGGAGCAUGUUGGCGACUCGGUCCUCAAGUUCAUUGUUAGUCGGCAGCUCUUCCUCGACCAUCCUGGCUUCCACGAGGGCUACCUCUCGCAUUCGCGGGCCAAGAUAACGUCCAACAACACUCUCGCCCAUGCGGCAAUCCGAACUGGCCUAGACGCCUUCAUCAUCGCCGACGCCGUGCGCAUGGGGCCAGACCGCUAUCCUCGCAUAUCCAGCAUGAGGACUGGGCCUCGUCCAAAGCAGGGAAGACGCCUCAGCUCAAAGGUCCUGGCGGACGUGGUCGAAGCUUUGAUUGGAGCCGCAUAUGUUGACGGAGGGAUCGACCUAGCCGGUGCCUGCAUCAACACCUUCCUGCCCAACUUGCGCCCUCUUGAGGCGCUGUCCAGUUUCGAAGCCAAUCGUCCCGGCGCCGGCGCCACUGAUUUGACAAACUUUGUCGUCAAAGCGGAGAAUAUCCUGCGAUACCGGUUCCUCCGCAAGGAUCUCUUGCUCGAGGCUCUGACCCACCCCACCUGCGAGAGAGACGUGCACACGGAAUCCUACCAGCGGCUGGAAUUCCUCGGCGAUGCCGUGUUGGACAUGUUGGUUGUCUCCCACCUGGCCCAGCUGGACCUCGCCCAGGGCGACAUGACUCGAAUCAAGGCCGCCAUCGUCAACGGCGCCCUGCUCGGCUUCUUUUGCCUCGAACUGUCCUCGGACGAAGACGUCGUCUCCAUUGAAGAAGACAGGCGGCCCAGCGGCGAGGGGAAGGGUGUGUUCAGCAGCACGGUGCGCCGCGAGCGACGACACCUGUGGGCGCACAUGCGGUUCCACAGCCCGGAGGUCGCGCUGGCCCGGGAGCGCAGUCUCGAGCGCUACCGAGAGCACCGGGCCGCCAUUCGAACCUCGCUGGCAACAGAGCCGCUCUACCCGUGGGCCGAGCUCGCGCGGCUGAGGCCGGAGAAAUUCCUCUCCGACAUCAUCGAAAGUGUCAUCGGCGCCAUCUUCGUCGACUCGCACGGCGAGCUGGAGCCGUGCGAGCGCUUCCUGGAGCGGCUCGGCAUCUGGGACUACCUGCGGCGUGUUUGUGCGCAGCCCGUCGACACCGAACAUCCGAGGUCAGCCCUCGUUCGUCUUGUCGGGGCGCCCGCAUCCAUCAAAUACGUCACUGAAGUCGACGGGUAUGGCCCCGCGGGGGACAAGUUGUACCGCUGCACAGUGAGUGUGGAUGGAGAAGUCGUCGCCGAGGUGCGUGAGGUCGCGUCCUCGGACGACGCUGCGACCAUUGCGGCCGCGAUGGCGAGGCAAGAGAUCCUUGCCGGAAGAAAUACCACGGCAAAUGCUACAGACUGACGGUGCUGGAGCUUUUGGUUUUGUUUGCAAAAGGGGUUGCACGGGGACGUGCCAGGGACCGGCUAUCACGACUAUAAUGAGGAACUCGAUAUCACGCUCACAGGCUAUCACGCUAUAACGAGAAACUGGAUAUCACGACUGUAACGACGAA